AUGUGCCGCACCAGCUGCUCCUCUGGCUGCCAGGCGCCCUGCUGUGUUUCCAGUUCCUGCCAGGCGCCCUGCUAUGUGCCCAGCCCCUGCCAGGCAUCCUGCUUUGUGCUCAAACCCUGCCAGACAGCUUGCUGUAUGCCUCUGAACUGCAAGCCUGUUUACUGCAUGCCUGUGAGCUGCAAGCCGGGUCUAUGCACACCCGUGAGCUGCAAGCACACUGUGUGUGUGCCCAUGAGCUGCAAGCCAGCCAUAUGCACGCCUGUGAGCUGCAAGCCUGUUGUGUGCAUGGCCCCCUGCUGCCAGUCCUCUGGGUGCUGCCAGCCCUCCUGCCCCACCCUGGUCUGCAGACCUGUCCCCUGUGGCACCCCUUCCUGCUGCUGA